AUGUCUUCUGCUGCUCAAUAUGUGCCUCUCCCUGCUGGUGCAGGUUAUGCCGUUGUCGUUGGUUUGGGCUUUCUCUUUGCUGGAGGUAUGGUGCUCACCACUUACUGUCUUAAGCGUUAUAACAAGGAGAUCAUGACAGCUGAGGAGUUUGCGACUGCCGGAAGAUCCGUCAAGCCAUUCCUUCUCUCUGCUGCGGUGGUUUCGUCGUGGACAUGGGCGGCGACGCUAUUGACGUCAACCACUCAAGUCUACAACAACGGUGUUUCGGGUGCGAUGUUUUAUGCCUGUGGCGCCACAGUACAAAUCAUUUUGUUCUCAUGUCUUGCUAUCAAGGGCAAGGAGCGGGCUCCUUGUGCACACACAUACUUGGAAAUUGUUCAGGCUCGUUAUGGCAAAUGGACUCACGGAGUACUCUCUUUUUGGGGGUUCGCUACCAAUGUCCUUGUCACCGCCAUGUUGCUCACAGGUGGAUCAGCAGUGGUCAAUGAUAUGACUGGUAUGAACGUUGUUGCUGGCUGUUUGCUAUUACCAUUGGGUGUGGUCAUUUAUACUUUGUUUGGUGGUAUCAAGGCUACCAUUCUCACUGACUACGCGCACACUGUCGCUAUGAUCAUCAUCAUAUUAGUCUUUGCAUUCAACGCAUUCGCAGUUUCCGACAAGCUAGGCUCUCCAGGUAUCAUUUGGGAAAAAAUUACCGAGCUUGCCAUCACCCAACCAAGAGAGGGUAACGCUGGAGGAUCGUACUUGACUAUUAAAUCGCGUUCUGGUGGUAUCUUUUUCGUUAUCAACAUCGUGGGUAACUUUGGUACCGUCUUCUUGGAUAAUGGCUAUUUCAACAAGGCAUUCGCUUCAGACCCCGCUGCGACUAUGCCCGGUUAUGUGAUGGGAGGUCUAGUGUGGUUUGCCAUUCCAAUGUUCACAGCUACCACUUUAGGUCUCACUGCUCUUUCCUUAGAGAGCACCCCUUUCUGGCCAACAUAUCCAAACAAAAUGACUCCUGAUGAGGUCACGGCUGGUUUGGUUUUGCCAAAUGCAGCCACGGCACUUUUGGGCAAAUCUGGUGCAGUGAUGGCUCUUUUGUUGACGUUUAUGGCUGUCACUUCUGCCAUGUCUUCAGAACUCAUUGCUGUAUCUACCAUCUUUACUUAUGACUUCUACCGUGGAUACAUGAACCCGAAGGCAUCUGGUAAGCAAUUGAUGCUCGUCUCACACGCAUCCGUUAUCGUGUUUGCUUAUGUAAUGGCAGGAUUUUCAAUCGGCUUGUACUACGCUGGGAUCUCCAUGGGUUAUUUGUACGAACUCAUGGGUAUCAUCAUUGGUGGUGCAGUGCUCCCCUCGACAAUGACGCUCUUUUCCAAGCGCCAAAAUUGGGCUGCCGCUACAUUUACUCCACCAAUAGCUACUGCUUUGGCAAUUAUGUCCUGGUUGGUGUGCACGAAGACGAAAUUUGGCCAUAUUGACAGAAACACCACUUUCGAAGAUGAUGCCAUGUUGACAGGCAAUGUUGUUGCCUUGUUAUCACCUUUGAUAAUAGUCCCAGUACUUACAUUUGCCUUCAAGCCACAAAAUUACGACUGGAACCUUUUGAAGAUCAUCUCCAGAGUUGAUGAGGACGAGGAACUUGCCGAAGCUGAAGGUGGACGCAAAGCUGAUGUUGAAAGCAUGUCUGACGAUGUGCACCCAGUGAAAUCACAAAUUGCAAUAGAUGCUCACGAGAUAGCUCUCAUGAAAGCCGAUGAGUACGCCGACCAGUCCAAGAGACUCCACAAGGCGUUCAUCAAAGCUGCGUGCAUCUGUGUGUUUUUGGCAAUUUCAUUGAUUCUCUUAUGGCCCAUCCCAAUGUACGGAUCAGGGUACAUCUUCAGCAAGAAGUUUUUUACCGGGUGGAUCGUUGUGCUCUUCAUCUGGAUUUGGAUCACGGCGUUUGUGGUGAUCAUCGGGCCCAUCUGGGAAGGCCGCCAGGGUAUCUUCAACACAUUCAGAGGAAUCUACUGGGACUUGACGGGCAGAACGUGGAAGUUGAGACAGUGGCAAAACGAGAAUCCUGAGCAAAUGCACGCUGUCAGAAGCCAAGUGUCCGCGGAAUUGACACGGAUCACCUCUCUUGAUGGUGUUAGAAACGACGGUGGGUACAUCACGCCCCACCACAUCGACGAGGAACUCGAAGAGAAGAAAUAA